UCUUUGCAAUAUGAGCCGUUAAAUUUUGCUGUGCAUGUGUGUGUGAGUGUGUGUGUGUGUGAAGUGCAUACACUGAGUGAUUGUUGUUAUGGACAAAGUUUGGCAGUAUUAUCGGUGGCUUGUUCAGGAGUGGAGAAGCCAGUCGGACGUGUUUUUAACCGCGUCCUGCGAGGAUAGGGACGGACGGGAGCAGGAAAACCAAAACUGCACCUCCGCGUUGGUGUCAUGUUGAUUCUUUUAAUUUGCAGGCAAAUGUUUUUUUGUGUGUGUUUUUCCCCCCCCCAGUUGGUAUCGAUGCAAAGAAUAAAAAUUUGCAUUCGAAGUCCGGUCAAGGCCCAGCGUUUCGUAAUUUUUUUUUUUUUUUUUUUUAAAUGCAUGAUUAAGCAGGAAGGGGAGUGGAGCUUGUUUUGAGCCGCGCGUAAAAGUUAGUUCAGAGCGCCGGAUCCAGCGGCCCUAUAUCUUAGACUGUGGGAAUUUAUUUUUUCCCUCCCUCAUCUUUUAAAGUUUAAGUUAGCCGGCGUAGCUGUAGGUUUGGAGUCGAGGAGGAAUCGGUGGAUUAAUUCGUCGAGGAGAGAGGAGCGAGAGAGAGGAGACCCAUGGAGGACAGCUCGCUGUCGGAGUCUGAGGUGGAAAACAAAGGGACAAGCGGUAGAAAUGAGCCGGUCGGAAUGCCCAUAGCGUCGUCUGGUGGAUUUUCACCCAGUUCAGAGGAUCGUCACGACGGCACCAGCAAUGGGACAGCCAGGCUACCUCAGCUGGGCGGCGUGGGCCAGAGUCCCUACACGAGCGCGCCUCCGCUCUCCCACACGCCGAACUCGGACUUCCAGCCCCCGUACUUCCCCCCGCCCUACCAGCCCAUCUACCCGCAGUCUCAGGACCCUUACUCGCACGUCAACGACCCGUACUCCCUCAACUCCCUGCACGCCCAGCCGCAGCCGCAGCACCCGGGCUGGCCGGGCCAGAGGCAGGGUCAGGAGAGCGGCCUGCUGCACCAGCACCGCAGCCUGCCCCACCAGUUGUGCCGGGAGUAUCGCAGGGAAGUGCUCCUACCGUCCGGCCACGGCAUCGAUACGGGACUGUCGGACUCUAUCCCUAUCCAUGGAAUACCUCACUCUUUAGAAGACGUUCAGCCUGUUGAGGAUCAAGGAAUUCACAUUCCCGACCAGACUGUAAUUAAAAAAGGUCCAGUGUCUUUAUCCAAGAACAACAACGUCUCCGCCAUCCCCGUAAAUAAGGACGGUCUUUUCGGAGGGGUGGUUAACCCCAACGAGGUGUUCUGCUCAGUUCCGGGUCGCCUGUCCCUGCUCAGCUCCACAUCAAAGUACAAGGUCACGGUGGCGGAGGUGCAGAGACGCCUCUCGCCGCCCGAGUGCCUCAACGCUUCUCUGCUGGGUGGGGUGCUGAGGAGGGCCAAAUCCAAGAACGGAGGCAGAUCCUUAAGGGAGAAGCUGGAUAAAAUCGGCUUGAAUCUACCUGCAGGCAGACGCAAGGCAGCCAACGUCACCUUGCUGACGUCACUAGUCGAAGGCGAAGCGGUGCAUCUUGCCAGGGAUUUUGGUUAUGUAUGCGAGACCGAGUUUCCAGCCAAGGCAGUAGCUGAAUAUGUAAACCGUCAGCAUUCCGACCCAAACGAACAAGUCCAAAGAAAAAACAUGCUAUUGGCCACAAAGCAAGUCUGCAAAGAGUUCACAGACCUGCUGUCCCAGGACCGCUCGCCGCUUGGAAACUCACGGCCACAGCCCAUUCUUGAACCGGGAAUCCAGAGCUGUUUGACCCACUUCAGUCUAAUCUCGCACGGUUUCGGGACCCCGGCGCUUUGCGCGGCCGUCACGGCCCUGCAGAACUAUCUGACCGAGGCUAUCAAAGCCAUGGACAAAAUGUACCUCAACAACAACCCCAACAGUCACUCAGAUAACGGCACUAAAGGCGGAGACAAAGACGAGAAGCACAGAAAGUGAUGUUUCCAUCCCACCUCCACCGAGGGUCCAGACCCCGGGGCCCUCCUCCUGCACCGACCCACGCCCCUCCGCCUUGCCCCGGCCCCCCACCCAUCCAAUAUAAAUAUUAUAAAUACCUUAUAAAUAUUAUUGAUAAAGUUAAACGUGCCACUUCCCGAUCUUGCGCGGUUUUACAUGUUUUUUUUGUUUUUACAUCCCACUUUGGAUUCAAGGGGAAACGACGCAAGAAUCUUCUUCUUCUUCUUCCAACACCUGAACCAUAUGAAAUGUUAUUUAAAAAAAAAAAAAAAAAGGAGAAAAAAAAGAAAAGAAAAAAAAGCUGCGGAGGAACAGCUCCAGGGCGAGGAAAAAGGUGUAUUGCCUCACCCAGAGGACUUUUUAUGUACUCCCCUUAUUUUUUAUGAGCUGCAACGAAUGGACUGAAAUCCAGCGACCCCUCUAUAUCUCAAUUUUACGAUUGUGACAAAAACGAAGCUUAAGAAAAAAAAAAAGGAUGAAUUCUUAUCAGUAUUGUGAAUAAUAAACUUGAAAAACAAAGAGAAAUGCCACAGAUCUCCAUGUCAUGACUUCAGUUGUAGACUCUCUCACACUCUCUCUCUCUCCAAGCGACCAACUUGAACUUUUUGAAUUUCAACACGAUUCGCGGUUAUAUAAGGGAAUCAGUGUUCAUGUAUGUAUAUAUUUAUUUAUGUGUAAUUUAAUGGGAAUUGUAAAUAUGGUGCGUCUGUUGAAACUUCUUUUUUUUUUUUUUUUUUUUUUUUUUAAUUUAUCUGGUGCCUCCUGUUUUAGUGGGUUUGAAUAUUCGGUUAGUUCUUCAUGUGAUUUUAUGGUUCUUAGAAAAACAGAAGUUUGGGGUAUUUUUUAUUUCUCUGGGAUAUUUCAAUUCAGCCCUCUUGUAGCAUGUUGAGGCGACAUUGAAGCAAGUGAACAAAUUUAAUAGAAAUAAACUUCCAUUUCUCUCUCUAUAUAUCAUCCUUAUUCAGUUUUUUAAAUUUAUUUUUAUUUGAGACAGAGCAUAAGUGAGACCCCGAGGAGAAUUCUUUUUUUUUUGUGUUUCUAUUUUCGUUUUUAUACAAGCUUUUAUGUGUUGUGCCAAUCAGAAUACGUUUCACCUCUUGUUCUCUCCUUGAAGCACCAUAAAAGCAAUAAAUGGAAUAUUGUCUUUUUUUCAAUGUUCGAAGACAUUCAAAAACAUUUUUUGGGACCACCUGAUAUCUUGUUAUGUCCGAUAAUGUCCAAAAUUGGAGGCGGUUUUAGCUGUAUUGUAUAGACAUGUGCUGGCAAUAGUUCCUAUGCCUGUCAAUGUAUUAUAGUCCUUUGUUGCCCAGAAAAAAAUAAAUAUUUGAUACGCUUCA